CCGGAAGUACUUGGAUGCUCGUUGGUUUUAUUGUUAUUAUUGAAUGAAGCAAUCAUGGGCGCAAAGAAAUCUACAUAACAAAAUUAGAAACUGAGAAGCUAUUAUUUGGGGCACAGUGUACAGCUAUACAUUUAGUAAAUUAUUAAUGUCUUUGUUUCGAUUGAUUUUAAACAUGGGAUUCGUAUUAGGAGUUGUGUUAUCCAAACUGUAGCUCGUGCUUACUAACGUCGCUAACGUUAGUUAGCUAGCAAACAGUUGCAUGAAAUCCGCACAUGUUGGGCUAAUACAGCUAACUAGUUUGUCCUCUUUUAAUUUCUUAAAAAUAAUGAACACUGUACUAUUGCAAUCCAGUAUAGCAAUAUUGUAAUUCUUACUUAGUUUACGAAUACAGCAAACCAACAACUAUAGCCCUGAUGGUUACCUAUUAUGCUUAGCAUGCUGACAGGGCUAGAUUAGCAGGGGGGGAUUUCAUUAGUCCAAACAGUUGCAAAACGUGCAACUAAAAUACGUUUCUAUUGGACAAAUUCAGGACAGAUGUCCUCAUGAUGAACUUUGAUGGUCUGGACCCAGGAAUGGGUGAAUACGCACCCGCCCUCCAUGGGAAUCUAGAGCCGAGUAGGGAGCCCUCAAUGGAUCCACGACUCAAUCCGGGUUUGUUGCAAGGUGUGGAGCUUGAUCCAGAUGGUCUUCCCGUGGCCAUACCUGAGUCUGUGCACAUGAUGGAGGGGAUGUUCUCUGAGCUCCACAGUGUGCAUGCAGAGGUGGGCGUUCCUGUCACAGCAACUCACUUUGACCUGCAAGAGGAGCUACUCUGGAUGGGAAACCACAGGGGACAUGCAAUGUCCUUCUUUGGUUCAACCAUGGGCCGCUACUCAUCUUUCCAGGCGCACUCGACUGAUGACAUUCGUCAGAUUCAGAGCAUGGAGACAGGGGUUCUGUUUCUCUCUAAGAGUAAUCUCAAGUGCCAAACUCGUGGAGGCCUCGUAAUGUUCGACUACCCAAUGGAGGAGGGAGCUGACAUGCAUAGUCUGCUUAUGACAGAAAACAAUGCAAUGCUCAUGGGUGGACUACAGAAUUAUGUGCUUGAAUUUGACCUUAAUACUGUGCAGCAGACCCAAAAGUUCACAGUCGAGGCUCCAGGGGUAGCUAUCAUGCGGCAGUCCAAUCGUUUCUUAUUCUGUGGGAACACAUCUGGGAAGGUGUCCCUUUGUGACCUGCGCACCUUCAAGCUAGAACAUGAGUUUGAUGCCUUCUCCGGUAGCCUGUCAGACUUCGAUGUCCAUGGCAACCUCCUGGCUGCGUGUGGGUUCUCCAGUCGAGGGCUGAACAGACUGGCGUGUGACCGCUUCCUCAUGGUGUUUGACCUGCGCAUGAUGCGCACUGUGACACCACUCCAGGUGCACGUGGACCCCCUCUUCUUGCGCUUCAUCCCUACAUACACGUCACGCCUGGCCAUCAUCUCACAGACAGGAGAGUGUCAGUUCUGUGAGCCCACUGGACUAGCUAACCUGGCUGACGUCUUCCAUGUCAACACCGUGGGCCAGUUGCUCAUGAGCUUUGAUGUGUCCUCCAGCAAGCAGGCUUUGGCCUUUGGGGACUCUGGGGGAGGUGUGCACCUUUGGUCAGACGCCCCAGAAGUCUCCUACAACAGCUACUCACGGGAGACAGAGUUUGCGCUGCCCUGUCUGGUAGACUCCUUGCCUCAGCUAGACUGGAGCCAUGACCUGUUGCCCUUGUCCCUCAUCCCCAUGCCUUUGAACAGCUCAGAGCCGCUGCUGUCAGACUGGGUCACCACACAGGCCACUCCCAGCCCUAGGCGAGCACCCCCAGUGGACCCAGAGAUCCUGCGCACUAUGAACUCUGUAGGGUUCAUUGGUUACGCCCCCAAUCCUCGCACACGUCCCCGGAACCAGGUUCCUUACAAGAUCAAGGAGGUUGAGCUGGACUAUGAUAACUACAAUCAGGGUGUUCCUGAGUCUCUUAUUGGUCGAGAUGAAGAACCACACCUGUACAUGGUGCCCAAGAAAUACAGGAAGGUCACCAUCAAAUACUCCAAACUUGGCCUGGAGGACUUUGACUUCAAACAUUACAACAGGACCCUGUUUGCUGGUCUUGAACCUCACAUUCCCAAUGCUUACUGCAACUGCAUGAUCCAGGUGUUGUAUUUCCUGGAGCCAAUCCGCUGCCUGGUCCAGAACCACCUGUGUCAGAAGGAGUUCUGUCUGGCGUGUGAGCUGGGCUUCCUCUUCCACAUGCUGGACCUGUCACGAGGAGACCCCUGUCAGGCCAGUAAUUUCCUCCGAGCUUUCCGAACAAUCCCAGAGGCGUCUGCCCUGGGCCUUAUCCUGGCUGACUCUGAUGAGCAGACGGGGAAGGCCAGGCUGGGUCGUCUCAUCCAGAGUUGGAACCGCUUCAUUCUAACCCAGCUCCACCAGGAGACCCAGGAGCAGGAGGGGCCACAGGCCUACCGAGGAGCCAGCAGCAGUGCUCUGGGCUCCUCAGGCGAGUCUGUAAUCGGAAGGCAGUUUGGGUGUGAGGUUGAGAACAGCAGCCUGUGUCGCUGUGGAAAGGAGACAGUACGCUCCUCUCUCACCUUGCUCUUCACCAUGCACUACCCUGAGCAGAACUCACUUGAUAAGACGAUAAAGGAGUACGACUUUGCUGAGAUCCUGAAGAAGAGUAUAUGUCUGGAGCAGAGUACACAGGCAUGGUGUGAGAACUGUGAAAAGUACCAGCCCACAGUGCAGACACGGAACAUCCGCUGCCUUCCUGAUGUGCUGGUCAUUAACUGUGAGGUGAACAGUGUCAAAGAAGCUGAGUUCUGGAAGGCUCAGGCAGAGUACGCUUUCAUCAAGGCCAAGAAGAAAGAGGAAAUGGAACCCCAUAAGCCCAAAGAACCUCCACCACCACAACCAACAGAGUGGUGCUUAGAGGAGGGGCUGGUCAAUACGGAGGGCCUGACCUUUGACACCAGAGUGGAGGACCUGCGUCACAUCUGGAUCCCUCUCACUCUGAAGAUGUCCAUCAGCAAAAGCCAGGGCCUGGAGAUAAGCAGUUGGCCAGAGGAAGAAGAGCUGAGCUCUACUGAGGAGGCUGAAGGAGCGUCUCUCUAUGACUUGGUGGUUACUGUGCCUCAUGUACUGGACGCUCGAACUGGGGGAAAUCUGGUAGCACACAUCAAAGUGGGAGAGACUUAUCACGUCAGAAAAGAGGGGGUAACACACCAGCAGUGGUAUCUAUUCAAUGAUUUCCUGAUUGAGCCAAUUGACAAGGCGGAAGCAGCACAGUUUGAUGUGAACUGGAAGGUGCCUGCCAUCUUGUAUUACGCCAAGAGAAACUACCACUCCAAAUACGACCUACGCAUUAAAAACCCCAUCGAGGCCAGUGUGCUGCUGACAGAGGCAUCACUGGCGAGGAAGCAGAGGAAGAGCCACGCCACGUUCAUCCCCCUCAUGGUCAGUGAGAUGCCCCAGGCCGGAGACCUCGUGGGGCUGGACGCUGAGUUUGUCACCCUCAACCAGGAGGAGGCAGAGCUACGCAGUGACGGCACCAAGUCUACCAUUAAGCCCAGUCAGAUGUCUGUGGCACGGAUCACCUGUGUGCGCGGUCAGGGUCCCAACGAUGGAGUACCAUUCAUCGAUGACUACAUCUCCACUCAGGAGCAGGUGGUGGACUAUCUGACCCAGUACUCAGGCAUCAAACCAGGGGACCUAGAUGCUAAGAUUUCCUCCAAGCACUUGACCACUCUGAAGUCAACUUACCUGAAGCUGCGCUUCCUCAUUGACACCGGAGUGCGCUUUGUUGGCCAUGGUUUACAAAAGGACUUCCGGGUUAUAAAUUUGCUGGUGCUGAAGGAUCAGGUUGUUGACACAGUCUACCUGUUCCAUAUGCCUCGUAAGAGGAUGAUCUCUCUGCGCUUUCUCGCCUGGUACUUCCUGGACCUUAACAUCCAGGGUGAGACCCAUGACAGUAUCGAGGAUGCACGCACCGCGCUUUCUCUCUACAAUAAGUACCUGGAACUGAGUCGUGGAGGAGGAAACAACGAAGUCCGCAAAGUUCUGAAGGGACUCUACGAGAAAGGCCGCAAGAUGGACUGGAAAGUCCCGGACUGUGACACAGGAGAUGGUUAAGGUACAACUGUCUUCCCUCAAUGAUGGGACUGUGAAGAGUGCCUGAAGACAAACUGAUUCACUCUCUAUUUCAAUCAGUCUUUUCUUUUGUAUAGUUACAACUAGGGCUGGCACAAUUACCAUACAACACUUUAACCAACCGUUAUGGAUGAAGACCGUCAUGAAAAUAAAAUAACCAUCGUAACUGUAUUUUUUUGUUGUUGCUAUUUGAAAGGUCAUAAUGAUGACCGCGGUAAUUUGGCUGACCAAUAACCGUCAUCAAAAAUUCCAUGACGUCGCAGCCCUAGUAUCAAUCAGUUCAAUAAGACCCCCAUACAUGAAACUGGACAAGUCAUCGACAAGAGCAGAAUCCUGACAGGGGUUGUGUCAGUGUCCCAACUUUCCACAUAGUCUUGCUUGCCUGUACAGCAUUUGAAUAAGGAAUGAACAGUUUUGAUCUUCAAAGCAUAAACCAAAACUAUUUCUGAUUUCAUUUUUCCUUUUGUAUUUUUCCUUAGAUUUGUAAAGAAUGUUUGUCUGUCACUAUGCUGUACAUUAUGCUGCUUACAUGGGCAAAGAAUAGUAUUUUGAAAAUGUGCUGAAGUUUUUGUAGUGAUGUUUCUAGAGGCCUGUAAUUAAAACAGAAUAUAAACUCAGCAAAAAAAAGAAACGUCCCUUUUUCAGGACCCUGUCUUCCAAAUAACUUCACAGAUCUUCAUUGUAAAGGGUUUCAACACUGUAUCCCAUGCUUGUUCAAUGAACCAUAAACAAUUAAUGAACAUGCACCUGUGGAACGGUCGUUAAGACACUAACAGCUUAUAGACGGUAGGCAAUUAAAGGUCACAGUUAUGAAAACUUAGGACACUAAAGAUGCCUUUCUACUGAUACCAAAAGAAAGAUGCCCAUGAGGCAAGGAGGCAUAACGACUGCAGAUGUGGCCAGGGCAAUAAAUUGCAAUGUCCGUACUGUGAGACGCCUAAGACAGCACUACAGGGAGACAGGGUGUACAGCUGAUCGUCCUCGCAGUGGCAGACCACGUGUAACAACACCUGCACAGGAUCGGUACAUCCGAACAUCACACCUGCGGGACAGGUACAGGAUGGCAACAACAACCCCCCGAGUUAUACCAGGAACGCACAAUCCCUCCAUCAGUGCUCAGACUGUCCACAAUAGGCUGAAAGAGGCUGGACUGAGGGCUUGUAGAACUGUUGUAAGGCAGGUCCUCACUAGACAUCACCGGCAACAACAUUGCCUAUGGGCACAAACCCACCGUCGCUGGACCAGACAGGACUGGUAAAAAGUCCUCUUCACUGAUGAGUUGCGGUUUUGUCUCACACAGGGUGAUGGUCGGAGUCGUGUUUAUCAUCGAAGGAAUGAGCGAGGCCUGUACUCUGGAGCGGGAUCGAUUUGGAGGUAGAGGGUCUGUCAUGGUCUGGGGUGGUGUGUCACGGCAUCAUCGGACUGAGCUUGUCAUUGCAGGCAAUCUCAACGCUGUGCGUUACAGGGAGACAUCCUCCUCCCUCAUGUGGUACCCUUCCUGCAGGCUCAUCCUGACAUGACCCUUCAGCAUGACAAUGCCACCAGCCAUACUGCUCGUUCUGUGCGUAAUUUCCUGCAAGACAGGAAUGUCAGUGUUCUGCCAUGGCCAGCGAAAAGCCCGGAUCUCAAUCCCAUUGAGCACGUCUGGGACCUUUUGGAUCAGAGGGUGAGGGCUAGGGCCAUUCCCCCCAGAAAUGUCCGGGAACUUGCAGGUGCCUUGGUGGAAGAGUGCGGUAACAUCUCACAGCAAGAACUGGCAAAUCUGGUGUAGUCCAUGAGGAGGAGAUGCACUGCAGUACCUAAUGCAGCUGGUGGCCACACCAGAUACUAACUGUUACUUUUGAUUUUGACCCCCCUUUGUUAAAUAUGUAUCUUUUUUUGCUGAGUUUAGUACACUGAACUGUCUAUUCGUAUUUAUAUUUGACUCCAAAUUCACAUUUUAUGUGAUAAAGAUGUAGGCUAUAUAUUUAAGAAAUUUUUUACUUUGCGGAUUAUUAAUACCAUAUAUUCUACUGUAGUGUGAAAUGAAUGUGACAUUAAGAUGUUGCCAAGGCCUCCACGGAUCAGGGUUAUAGCACCCUCUGCUGACCAUACUUGGGAAGGUUUUCAUAUGUAAUUCCAGGUGACAUUGACAGGUGUAAACAUCUGGAAAAGUCAACCCGGGCUACUUCCAGCCUGUCUGACCACAAUAAACCAUUAAAAAUGCAACAAACUC